UACUUUCCCUUUUCCACAUUCAAUACCGAUACCAACUCGACAGAGAUGCCACCAAAGGGAUGGAGAAAGAAUUCAGAUGGAAGCUAUCCUGUUUCCACCAAGGAGAGGGAUAUGAUCUCCAUUGAGGAUAUCCUUUUUCCCAAGGCGACUGUGAACAAAUUGGCAAGGGCCAUUUUACCAGAGGGAGGAUUGAUUUCCAAAGACAGUUCAACAGCCCUACAGCGGAGCUCCACAGUCUUUGUGAGCUACCUCUUAGUGCAUGCUAGACAACAUGCCAAACAGUUUGAUAGAAAGACCAUUGGACCACAGGAUAUAAUCAACGCACUUGAAAAGGCUGAAUUUUCUUCAUUCAUCCCUUCGGUGAGUGAAGAGCUGGAUUCUUUCCAAGCUCGUAAGGAUGCUCAAAAGAAGAAGAAAAGAGAGGAAAAAUUGGCACAGGCACUGGCCCAGUCUCAAACUCAAGUAACAGCACAGUCUGAUGUUGUGCCUGAUCAAAAGAUGAAAGAGGCGAGCGAGGAGACGAUUGACGAACAAGAAGAUAAUGGUAAUGAAACAGUAGAAGAAGUUGAUAGCAUGGAGACUCUUGAUAAUGAGGAAACGCAGAUCGAGGAAACCAGAGGACCAGUUUCAAAGAAGCUCAAGUCAGACUCGAGGGAAGAUACCGUAAGUGAUGCUGAAACUGAAAGUCAACAAGAAUGAAAUAGAUACCAAUUGUCAAAAGAGUACAGACGUAGCAACUACACAAAACGAGGACAAAGUGGUGAUAUACAUGGCUCAUAGAACGGAAAACACUCACUGGACUUUCAACAAUGCCAGAGAGCUCAUUGUUUACCAUAACCAAUCCUAAAUGGCCUUUAGACAAAUGAACAAAAGUAAAAUGACAACUAUGACGAUAGCAACCCAAAAUUUGAAAUUGUGCCACCACAUAGCCCGCUUUACCCUAGUGG